AUGCCUAAGGAGAAGACCACCACCCGCAAGACCAAGGCUCGCACCACUGAGCGCAGAAAGAAGGAUCCCAACGCCCCCAAGCGUGGUCUUUCCGCUUACAUGUUCUUUGCCAACGAGAACCGCGAGAAGGUUCGCGAGGAGAACCCCGGCAUUUCCUUCGGCCAGGUCGGUAAGAUGCUCGGAGAGAAGUGGAAGGGUCUGAGCGAUGAGGACCGCCGCCCCUACGAGGAGAAGGCUGCUGCCGAUAAGAAGCGUUACGAAGACGAGAAGGCCAGCUACAAUGCUGCUGCUGAGGAGGACGAGGAGUCAUCCUAA